AUGCCAAGACUCAACUUGACCGCCGUGACAGAGUUCACCUUUGAAGGUUUUUCCGUUUUGGGGUGGCAGCACAGACUCAUUCUCUUUGUGGUCUUUCUGGUCUUGUACCUGUUGACCCUCGCCAGCAACGCCAUCAUCUUGACCGUUAUCCGCCUCGACCAUCAACUUCACACACCCAUGUACUUCUUCCUGAGCGUACUGUCCAUCUCUGAGACCUGUUAUACGGUGGCCAUCAUCCCCCGCAUGCUGUCCAGUCUCCUCAGCCCCCAAAGAGCCAUCUCCAUCCCACACUGUGCCACUCAGCUCUUCUUCUACCUCGCCUUCGGCAUCAACAACUGCUUCCUGCUCACGGCCAUGGGGUAUGACCGCUACGCGGCCAUCUGCAACCCCCUGCGGUAUUCAGUCGUCAUGGGCAAAAGGACUUGUCUACAAUUGGCGAGUGGCUCCUGGAGCAUUGGCCUGAGCACGGCCAUCAUUCAGGUGUCGUCCGUGUUCAGCCUGCCCUUCUGUGAUGCCAACGUCAUCUCCCACUUCUUCUGUGACAUCCGGCCCCUGAUGCAGCUGGCCUGUGCUGACACCACCAUCAGAGAACUCGUCACCUUGCUCAUCAGUCUGGGUGUCCUUGUUCUGCCCAUGGUGCUGAUCUUCAUCUCCUACGUCCCGAUUGUCUCCACCAUCCUCAAGAUCCCCUCCCCCCGGGGCCGGAAGAAGGCCUUUGCCACCUGCGCCUCCCACCUCACGGUGGUCGUCGUCCACUACGGCUGCGCCUCCGUCAUCUACCUAAAACCCAAGUCUCACAACUCCCUGAAGGACAGACUCAUCUCCGUGACCUACACGGUCAUCACACCCCUCCUCAACCCUGUUGUGUACAGCCUGAGGAACAAAGAAGUCAAGGACGCCUUGCUCAGAGCUUUGGGCAAAAAUCCUCUCCCUUAG